AUGUUGACCCUUCCGCUCAUCGUCCCCCGAGACUCCCACGAGCUCUGGUUCGGCUCCUCUCACUCCCACAGCACCUCCCACCAAAACCAAGCCCACCACGCCCGCCGCAGCACCAAUGGCCAUACCCUCAACCGCCUCCAACACCCUCCAACCCCCACCGGUGAAAGCCUCUCCGCACUACAUCUCGAAGAACGCGCCCUCCGUGCGCGCAAAAACAACAUCGCCUAUUUUGGAUACUCAUGGAUUAAGCCCGCAGGAUGUUCGAAGACAAUGCUGGGAAUGAAGGAGGAGGAAGCGGAGAGGGAAGAGGCGUUUGCGGCCGCACAGCAGGAGAUUGCUGCUGCCGCAGCGGCAGCUGCCGCAGCGGAGGUGGCUGGGCCUGAGGAGCAGGGUGAGGAAGGAGAGGAAGGGCUCUCGGGGAUGGAGAGGGAUUUGGAUGAUGAUAUUCCUGAAGGGGAUGCGGAGGGGCUUGUGGAGGAAGGAGAGGAGGGAUUGGAGGAGGAGGAUUUUGGUGAUGAGGAGGGGUAUAUGGAGCGGGAUUUGGAUGAUGAUAUCCCCGAGACAUAUCCUGAUGAGGAAUUUGAUCUGGAGAAUGGGUUGGAAGGGGAGGAAUUUGAGGACGACGAAGGGCAGUACGAAGACUUUGAUAACCAAGUUGAUCUUGACGAUGAAAUACCCUCCGCCGACGGCGCAGGAGAGAAUGAUGAUGAAGAAUUUAACGACGACGAAAAUGAAUACAACUACGACCAAAGUGAAGAACGAAUUAUGAGCGACCAAGGCAUGGCCCGCGACCUCGAUGAUGAAAUCCCCUCAGCCGUCGAGGACGCCUCAAUCCAAGGAGAGGAAUGGCAACACACCGACUCAGAAGCGGAAUUUGACGACGAUGAAGAGAGUUUCUUCAAUCCCAGAAACAGUCUUCGCAACUCCCUUCGCAUCAGUUGCUUCCGCAACAGCACCUCCAGCGCUCAUGGACACGGACUCCCGCAGCCGCCAUCUAUCCAGCGCCUACGUGGUCGCGAGACCGAGGCACAACGGCGGUUCUUGCAGCGUUGGAGCGGUGGUGGAGAUUCGUUUGUUGCGGAUUCAAGCAUGAUGGUUGAUGAGGAGGAUCUGCGUGCUUCGGUGACGAGUCAGGGGAGUAGGCGAAGUGCUUUUGGGGGAUUUUCGAGGAGAACUGGUGGACCUAGGGAUAGUCUUGACGGUUGA